UGGUCAAUCGCCGCCGUGCACCUCGGCGUCAUCCGAACUUAACCAGAAGGUUCGUUCCAUGCACUUCUCGCGGCCACUCUCUCUCCCUCUCGCUGCCGAUUAAAUCUCGGUCACGUCGAUGGCGACAGCCUUCGGAAGUCUAACCCCCUCUAUCUCAUGUUCCUCCUCUUCUUCCCUUUGCGUCUCGAGGCGCCAGAGGGGACCAUGGAAUUGGCAGAGAGCCUGCUGCUCCUUCAAGCCUCCAUCCGCCGCUCGGAAUGGCAGAUCGGUGACUCCUCUGCUCUCGCAGGCUCUGCCCACGACACAUGAUCACCGGACCCCACCUUUGGAGGUCCAAUUCAAGGAGGUGAUCGAGACUCUGAUAAAUGGAGUCGAUCUCUCCGAAGAAGAGGCCGAGGCGAGCCUCAAGCUUUUGAUCGAUGAGGCGGAUGAAGCCCUAAUUAGCGCCUUCCUUGUGCUUUUGCGUGUGAAAGGAGAGACCUUUGAGGAGAUUGUGGGAUUGGCGAGGGCGAUGAUCGAUUGUGCUGUGAAGGUUGAAGGUAUCGAUGAUGCAGUUGACAUUGUCGGAACGGGCGGGGAUGGGGCCAACACGGUGAACAUCUCCACCGGGGCAUCUAUUCUCGCUGCGGCGGCCGGUUUGAAGAUUGCAAAGCAAGGUAAUCGCUCCAGUUCUUCUGCCUGUGGCAGUGCCGAUGUGUUAGAGGCAUUGGGCGUGAACAUCGAACUGGGCCCUGAGGGGGUAAAAGGUUGUGUGAAUGAGACAGGCAUAGGGUUCAUGAUGUCUCCGAUAUACCACCCAGCAAUGAGAAUAGUUGGACCUGUGAGGAAAAAGCUUAAAGUGAAGACAGUGUUUAAUAUUCUUGGCCCAAUGUUGAAUCCAGCACAAGUACCUUGUGCUGUUGUUGGUGUUUACAAUGAAGACAUAGUACUGAAGAUGGCUAAAGCUUUGCAAAGGUUUGGAAUGAAAAGAGCAUUAGUGGUUCAUUCAAAGGGUUUAGAUGAAAUAAGUCCACUUGGAUCUGGAUAUUUUCUUGAUGUCACUCCCAGAUCGAUUGAGAAAUCACACUUCGAUCCAUUGGACUUUGGUAUUCCUCGCUGUACUGUAGAAGAUUUAAAAGGUGGAGACCCACAGUUCAAUGCUGAAGUACUUACAAGGGUACUGUCUGGUGAGAAGGGGCCCAUUGCUGAUGCUCUUGUUCUUAAUGCUGCAGCUGCUCUUCUUGUCAGUGGUCGUGUGACCAACUUUUCCGAGGGCGUGGCAGUAGCACAAGAGACCCAUCAAUCUGGGAAAGCCAUUGAUACACUUGCUUCAUGGAUGGCAGUCUCCAAUGUUAGUAGAUAGGUUCCCUGAUGCUUUUUCUUCGCUUCCUCUUGUUAGCUAAAGGUUCUGUGGAUUAUGCGUCACCGAAAUACUGAUUCCUGGUCCUUCAAAUUCCUCAAAUCCAUUUUGUUGUA